AUGCCUCCCGUCACCACUCCUCGUGGCCAGCAGAAGCAAGCAAACGGCUCCAAUCGAGCGCAAUUCGCUUCGCCACCAACAUUGCCCUCAGCCACAGAGUCCGGAGGUGAAGAAGCUCCAAACUCUCGCCAAAGCCAGCAAAGGGGCCUCAAGAAGGAGCCUCUCUUUGGAUCAAGCCCUGCGAGAAACGGCAUCUCUGCACAUAAGGAGUCUUCUUCCUCUCCCAAGACCAAAGCCACAACCAAAGCUCGCGAAGAAUCCAUCAUCGAUCAAUAUCCCGUGGCUCGACUCGUCCUGGAUCUCGAAAAGAGAGAACAGCAAGCCCAAGGCAAAUACGACAGCCUCAAGAAGAAAUACCGCGAGCUUGACGCAGCCCUAGAACUCUCGAACAAAGAAAGAGAAAAGGAAAAGUCCGUCGUCGAAGCAGAUUACAGACACUUCCAAGAUGCUCUCACUGCCGCCACAAACGAGCUCAAGAAAGAACGGAAAAGAGCCGACAAUGUUCGCACCGAAAACGAAUCCCUCUCGGCCGACAUCGCAGCCUAUGAAAACACCAUAGAGGCCCUCGAGGAAGAACUCUGCAUAGCCGAAGCGGACGUUGAGGAAAUCAAAACAGCCCAGAUUGCUCUCCGAAAGGAGCUCGCAGCGGAAAAGCACAAGGCCAGCCAGGAGUCCAAGAGUAUCCAAUCCAUAGAACACGAGGCCCUCCAACGCCAACUUGAGCAAGAGCAAAACAAGGCAAAGGAGCUGCGAGCCACAAACGAGAGCCUUGUUUCCGUCCUCGAGGCGCAGGCCCAGGAAAAGAAUCUCCUUGCCAGAAUGCUCGAGGAGAAGACAUACGAGUCGUGGAUAUUCCGCUGCGCUGUCGGCGUGAUUUACAAGGACUCGCCCUCCAACGAGCGCGUCAAGAUGGGCAAGCUCAUCCGCGACGUGAUCAUGUACCUGUGCGAAAAGCGUCGACGUGAACGAUUGGUGGAGCAGCAGGCAGGCGACGACGACGACAACGACGACGACGACGAUGGAAGCAGCCAGAAAGAAGAUGGAGAUGGCCAGGACGAGGAGCAGGAGCAGGAGCGGGAGCAAGGCGAGGUUGAGGCGGCACCGCAGCACGGCCAACCUGGUUUGGAGAUGACUGAUGCUAGAGACUCGGGUCUUGACUCGGAGGACUUGCCUCUCAGCGAGAGGGCAACGCGGUCGAAACGACAUCGGAGCUUGCAGAGGACGGAUUAUAGCGACUAUUUCGCUACAUCUGAUGACACGGAUGAUGAGAAGCCUCUGGUAGAGGUUCUCAAGAAGAGGGCGAAGAAGCUCAAGACCACGUCCUCUCACGACGAGGCAUCAUCCGUGGCUUGA